AUCAGUUCAUUGUGGUUUUAUGUCUUUCAACCACCCAAAAGGAAUAAAGUAAAAUAAAAUAAAAAAGUUUUGGACUGAGAUUUCAGAGCUUUCUCUCAACCCCUUUUUUGUUCAACGAUUUUACUGCCUGCUCUCGUUUUAACCUCCAACAAAACCUCUUCCAAAAACCCUCAGCCCUUUUUUUUUCUUUUGUUUUAUUUCGCAUGUAUCAUUUUAUUUGGAUUGCUUGAUCAUUAAUGAAAUCAAUUUCCUUUUUUCAUCGUUGAUUACUAUGUCUUUUAGUAAUUGCCGGUAAGCUUGUUCACAAAGUUUUUGUUUUUGUUUGUCUUUUCUUGAUCUAUUCAAGUUUUAAGAAAUAGCUUUUGAUUUUUCAUUAGAAUCCCAUCACAAGUUUUGAGAUUUUCUUUUUCCGAUCUUGAGUUCUGAUUAGAAAAUGAGUUUUACCAUUAAACAAUCAGCUUUGGCUACAUGCAUAGAUGUCUCUAAUUCUCUUGUUUACAAAAGAUCACCUUCAAUUCGUAGACAUCCCUUUUCACCAGUUUUGAAUCUUCAAAACAUCCCGAAAAGAACCAACGUUUUGGUCUCAAAACCAUUGCAUAUCUCAUCUGUUGAGAGUAUUGGUAAGGAGAAAAAACCAGUAAUUCAAUGCAACGCUUAUGAAGCUGACAAGUCAGAGCCUAUUGAGGCAGCAGAGCAAGUGAAAUCAGAAGCUGCAAAAAGGGUGAAAAUUGGGAUUUAUUUUGCAACUUGGUGGGGUUUGAACGUGGUUUUCAAUAUUUAUAACAAGAAGGUUUUGAAUGCUUACCCUUACCCUUGGUUGACUUCAACAUUGUCCCUUGCUUGUGGUUCUUUAAUGAUGUUAAUUUCAUGGGCUACAAGGAUUGCUGAGACCCCAAAAACAGAUUUUGAGUUUUGGAAGACUUUGUUCCCGGUUGCUGUGGCACAUACAAUUGGACAUGUAGCAGCAACUGUGAGUAUGUCUAAGGUUGCAGUUUCAUUCACCCACAUCAUCAAGAGCGGUGAACCUGCUUUCAGUGUCUUGGUUUCAAGGUUCUUGCUUGGAGAGAGCUUCCCUUUAUCGGUUUACUUGUCUCUUAUCCCGAUCAUUGGCGGUUGUGCUCUUUCCGCUUUAACCGAACUCAACUUCAAUAUGACUGGUUUUAUGGGAGCUAUGAUAUCGAACUUGGCAUUUGUCCUCCGUAACAUAUUCUCGAAGAAGGGCAUGAAGGGGAAAUCCGUUAGCGGGAUGAACUACUACGCCUGUCUAUCUUUGUUGUCUCUUGUAAUUCUCACACCUUUUGCAAUUGCUGUAGAGGGACCGCAGAUGUGGGCUGCAGGAUGGGAAACGGCCUUAUCUCAAAUUGGACCACAGUUUAUCUGGUGGGUAGCGGCCCAAAGUAUUUUCUAUCAUCUAUACAACCAGGUCUCAUACAUGUCCCUUGAUGAGAUAUCUCCCUUGACAUUUAGCGUUGGCAACACCAUGAAACGUAUAUCAGUUAUAGUCUCUUCCAUCAUCAUCUUCCACACGCCUGUCCAGCCAAUCAAUGCUCUAGGAGCUGCCAUCGCUAUCCUCGGAACCUUCUUGUAUUCUCAGGCAAAAGCGUGAGAAAAACCAGGGGUUCGAGAAUUUUGAUUCAUCAUACAACGUAGAUGAUGAAAGACAAAAUCGGUAUCCGAAAGAAUUUAGCUCAGAUGAGUUCUUAUAGAUUACUACUGUCUUUUUGGAAUUGAUGAAUGCUGGGAUUUGGACAGAUAAAGUCUGUCAUAGUGUAGAUAUUUUACAAUAAUGAUGAUUAUAAACAAUGUCAUAUAGGAAUGUUAUUUUUUCUCUUCAUGUUUUAGUGCGGCUGAGAGGGAAUCUGUUGGAAUAAACAAGGAUUAAAUGUUGUGAGCCUUGGUCCCAUUUAGUCUUGACAUGAAUAAGAACAAGAACAAUGUUAUUUAUUUUA